UNUGGCUCCCAAGGGGUGAUGGGUCUAGGUCGAGGGCCAAUCUCCUUCUCCACCCAACUGGGUAAACAGUUUGGCAACAAAUUCUCUUACUGCCUCAUGGAUUACACCUUAUCCCCACCUCCGACGAGCUAUUUAGUGAUCGGAGAAUCACCGGAGUCGAUCACUAAGAAGAAGAUGAGAUACACGCCAUUGCUGACCAACCCUCUCUCCCCAAACUUAUACUAUGUGGGGAUAAAGAGCGUUAGCGUCAACGGAGUAACAUUGCGGAUCAACCCCUCCGUUUGGACCAUAAAUCAAGAGGGUUAUGGUGGCACCAUAAUCGAUUCUGGGACAACAUUAACCUUCUUGGCAGAGCCGGCUUAUCGACAUAUUCUGAAGGCGUUUAAUAAGAGGGUGAGGUUACCAAGAGCAGAGGACCCAAGAGGAAUCUUGGAUCUCUGCGUAAAUGUGUCGGGCGUGGCGAAUGAGAGGCUGCCCAGAUUGGAAUUCAAGCUCAGUGGUGGGUCUCUAUUUUCGCCGCCGGUGAGUAACUACUUCAUAGAUACGGCGAACCAGGUGAAGUGCUUGGCUCUGCGAAGCGUGGACACGCAGGCAGGUGGGAUUUCGGUGAUAGGGAACCUAAUGCAACAAGGGUUCAUGUUGGAGUUCGACAGGGACAAGUCAAGGCUCGGGUUUUCUCGGCAUGGGUGCGCCCUACAAUAAACCCGCACAAUAAACGAGUCAGUGAGGUUGUUUGGAGUUUGUACGCUGACUCAGUGAGUGAGUUCUGGAGUUGUGGGCGUGUUGUAAUUUUUUUCCAUUUUUCGGUUUAAAAGAAAGGGAGUUAUGAAUUUUUCUUAAUGUAUUAUAAUAAUAUUAUAUCAUGCUUCUUUGGAUUCUAAAA